UCUCCUUCCUCUCGUCUCGUCUCUCUCCCCUUUGUCCCUGUAGAGCUAGCUCCAAAUAAAACCCCACCGGUUUUCUUUUCCCGCGACAAUUACCAUAAAAAGAGCUCCCAAUCUCUCUCUCUCUCCUCUCUCCGGCCCCCUCUCUCUCCCUCGUUUCUGGCAGCAGUGGUGCGGUACUACCACACCGCUCUCACUCCACACACACCGAGUAUACAGCUAAGCAGGAGAGAGAACGGGCCGGGAGAGAGAGAGAGAGACGGGGUCCCCAAGUACAAUUCUCGCCUGGUUCUUGAUCGAAGGCAUGAUCAAGAAUCACCAGAAAGUUCUAGAUCUUUAGACGGCCGUCUCCCUUGGACGCCUCGGUUUCUUUUGUUCUGCAGCUCUAGCUAGCCAUGGAGGGUGGGGGAGGGAGUGGAAUAGGUGGGUUCCCGGGAGCCCCGGGUAACCUUCUCGAUGCCGCAGCUCAGGAGUUCCACCCUACGGUCUGUGCCCCCUACCCUCUACAGCCGCUCCCGCACCAGCUAUACUGCCCCCACACAUAUCCAGCCAUGCCGCCGCCGCCGCAAAUGGCCAUGUUGCAGCCUGUGCCUCCGAUGGCGAUGCCCAUGGCGCCGCAGCCGGGGUACACCUUGCCCACGACGGCGCCGGUGGUCGACGGCCCGUCCAGCCGCGUCGUGGUGCUGUGCCUGGUGCCGCCGCACGCGCAGGAGCGCGACGUGGCGCAGGCGAUGGCGCCGUUCGGCGCGAUCCGCUCGGCCGACGCGUGCGCGGUGGCGUCCGAGGGCGUGGCCACCGUCCAUUUCUUCGACAUCCGCGCCGCCGAGCUCGCCGUGGCCUGCGUCCGCGAGCAGCACAUGCGGCAGCAGAGCCGGCUCGGGCAGCUCUACGCGGCGGCCGCCGUGCCCCCGGCGUGGGCUCCUGCACCACCGACGGCGCCCCAGGCCUGGGACUGGCCCCACCCCAACGACGACGGCCGCGGCCUCGUCCUCGGGCAAGUCGUGUGGGCCCACUUCGCCCCCGGCGCCGACGACGGCGAGAACCGCGGCUCCCUGGUGGUCCUGAGCCCCCUGCCCGGCGUCUCGGUCGCUGACCUCCGCCAAGUCUUCCAGGCCUUCGGUACGCGCCACCGACCGAGCCGACCAACCAGGCAUUUCGUUUUCCCACGCUCGUUUCUUGUGUUUCCCGCAGCAAUUGUAUUGGCCCGUCCUCUCGUCUUCGCAGGGGACUUGAAGGAUGUGAGGGAGUCGGCGCACCGGCCCAGCCACAAGUUCAUCGACUUCUUCGACACCCGCGACGCCGCGCGCGCGCUCGCCGAGCUCAACGGCCAGGAGCUCUUCGGCCGCCGCCUCGUCAUCGAGUUCACGCGCCCUUCCGGCCCCGGGCCCCGCAGGCGCGGGUACGCGCCCCACCACCGGCCCACCGCGCCGACUCCACCGAGGCUUCAACAAGCGACGUGGCGACCGGCCCAGACGACGUCGUCUCAGCCGCCGGCAUCCUCCUCGUCGUCGUCCGUCUCCGUAAGGGCCAGGGAAGGAGUGGUGCUUCUGAGGAGGCCGAGCGAUCAGGCCAAGGGAGGCAAUGCCGGCACGAGACAAGAGCGCAAGAGCAAGGGCGGCAAGAACGUGGCGUCGUCGGCGUCGGCGCCGGCGUCCUCGUCGACCCCGACAGCGUCCGGGAAGCAAGCCCAGAAAGGUGCCGGGAGCAGCGGCGGCGGUGGUGCUGGCGGUGGCGGCGGGAACUGGAAAGGACGAAAGAGCGGCUGGGAGGCGCGCUUCCUGUUCAAGGAUCCCGAGUCCGCCGGCGACGCCGACACGCAGUCGUCGCCGGCUUCGGAGAGGGACACGAGGACCACCGUCAUGAUCAGGAACAUACCCAACAAGUACAGCCAGAAGCUGCUCCUCAACAUGCUGGACAACCACUGCAUCCAAUCCAACGAGUGGAUCGCGGCGAGCGGCGAGGCGCAGCCCUUCUCCUCCUACGAUUUCGUCUACCUCCCCAUAGAUUUCAACAACAAGUGCAAUGUGGGCUACGGCUUCGUCAACCUGACCUCGCCGGAGGCCGCCGUGCGGCUGUACAAGGCGUUCCACAAGCAGCCAUGGGAGGUGUACAACUCGCGCAAGAUCUGCCAAGUCACAUACGCGCGCGUACAAGGCCUGGACGCGCUGAAGGAGCACUUCAAGAACUCCAAGUUCCCGUGCGACAGCGACGAGUACCUGCCCGUGGCGUUCUCGCCGGCGCGCGACGGCAAGGAGCUCACGGAACCGGUGCCCAUCGUGGGCCGGUCGCCCGCGUCCGGCGCGUCGUCGCCUCCCAAGAGCCGGGCGGCCAGCGUGGACCUGCUUGGGCAGGAGCUGAUGCCGGCGCCGUCGUCGUCCGCGGACGGCGCGUCGUCGACCACCACGUCCACCCACGCGCUGUCCGAACACGCCGACGACGACGACAACGACGAAGACAUCAGGCUCGCCGGCGAGCUGCGGCGCCUAGGCUACGCCGACUAGCUGGCUCCGUUCCUAGGCGGGCGCGGCCUAGCUCAGCGGGCGAUCGGCCGGCGUUGCGUUGCUUUCGAGAAGCGUGGAGGCAUUGACGACGCCGGCAAAGCUUUGCACUGAUCCGUAGCUCCUGCACGCGCAGGCGCAGCAAGUGCAGUGUGGUGUGGCAAUUCAUUUAUGGCACAUGAAGAACAUAGAAAAGACUUGACUUUUGGAGAAACAUUUUGGGGGUGUUGUUCGUUGGUUCGUAGACGCUGCACCCAGCAGGUGUGGAGUCGUGUUCUUUUGGUUUUUGGUUUGAAGUUUCCUGCUACUAGUUCUUUGAAAUGAAACUUGGAGCUAUAUAGCUAGCUUAGGCUUUUGCUA